AUGCAUCGCCAAGGGGCUCAGCAGAACGCGAUGGGCAACUUUCUGUCAGGUCCUCACGUCGCUGCCUCGAAUCAGACACUCAACGCCUGGAUAGGGGGCCGUCAGCCGGCAUGGAUGACUUCACAAGCAGCAACAGGUCCUCAUCACGGCUCGGCGCCUGCUGGAAACACCCCUUCCGGGAGCUCUGGCAGAGCAAGAAGACCUCCGUCACGAUCUCAACGUACGCCAGCUCAGAACGCGCCGGACUUGUCCCGUUUGAAUCACGGCAAUAUUCCCGUACCGCUCGAAACACCUACCGAUGCCAUUCACCAGACUUCCGCGGUGGUACCCGAACUUGGCAAACAGACGCUUGAUUCUGCAGCCGCACUUCCGUCACCAGCUCCGACUGACCAACCCAGCCCACCGACUGCCGCUUCAAUCCAACCUCAGACUUCCGUCACAGAUUCAAGCGUCACGAAUCCGGCGCAGUACCAAAAUCCUCCUUUUGACCAGCAGCCCGAUAUCGCAGCAGUAGGCUCAGGUGGAACUUUCACGCAAGGGGCAGCCAUCAUCGGCCAACCUCUGCAGAGCUACGGUGUUCUGGAGGCAUCUAUGCCAGCUGAGUCUGGUCAAGCGUCUGCGUUAGAUAGCCACACUGCGGCGAGAUUUGCUCUUACUGAGGAAGACGUUCGGGCUGUCCAGGCUGCGCUCGAUAACGCAUCGCCGUCUCCCCCUGCUACAGCAGUCAACCAAAUCCCCUCCCACCAGGGCUCCGAAACACCACAGAGACCACCCGUCCCAGCUGUGGCGUCCAUGCCAGAGUUACACCCAAACCGAAGUCACAACUCAACUCCCACAGCCGUACAAAACACUCCAGUAUCCUCAAGCACGACCCAUCAACCUCUUGUUCAACCAGUCUCGAGCACGGUCCAGCCACCUGUUGGUCAACCAGCUGCUGCUCCUCAGAACACGGGGCCAUCGACCUCCAAUCAGGACAAUGCAGGCACGCAGGAGACUGUUACACAAACCACCAACACCUUCAACUUGAGAUGCCUCCGUCAGGAUGUCAUGACCCAAAAACUCAACGAUAUUGCUACAAAGUGCGGUGCACCAAGGCUUCCCGCUGACAACACCACGGGGCCUAGGUUAAAGCUCCUCAAAGACGCUGUUGACGUUGGUGAUUACUUCUAUCUCACUCUACACCAACUCCUUUGUGUGUGGUCUUUCAGCAAGCCAUUUGUACUUCACCACCUUAGUGAAGAUCCUCAAGUGGUGGAAAGCGCCAUGAAAAUCGUACAAAACACUCUUAGAAAGAACGAAAACAUGCCACAGCCCAUUGUCAUGCACCUCGCCAACUUUCCAGAGUCGCCACAAUCGGGAUUAUGGGCCUGUGAGCCCUAUCAAAGACAUAUCAGAAGCGUUGCUGCCUUCCUCCGCUGUCUUCACAAUCAGUGGAACACUAUUCUGAUCCCAAGUUUCAAACCUCAGACGGGCAGGGGCUAUCCGAUUCUUGCAGCAGAACUACGCUACCAACUGAGACUGCAAUCCCCAGUUCUCGAACCAGUUCUUUUCACCGUCACUCGGAGACAUUUGGGCGUCCCAGAUGGCCCAGUUGCCGAGCAAAUGCACCAACUCUUCCAAUCCGAUCAGAAAUUCGACUACACCAGGAUGUCAGAACAAGACCAAACCAACCUGAGAGACACUAUGAUCGCCCGCUACAAACAGCUUGUGCUGGAGUCUCGAGGUAUCCUGUCGCCAACAACGAUGAGCAAUUCCCCAUCUGUCCCAAACCCGCCCAUGGGCAUGUCACCAGCAUUGGCAAGACAGCAGCAAAUGAUCCACCACGCGAGAAGGCUUUCCGCUUGUGCCGGAAACUCUUCUGCACAGCUAGCAGCCCGAAGCCCAAAUCAGAAUACUUCCACCCAGGGAUUCGAUAUGUAUCCCUCCCAGGCCCCAAAUAAUCUUGUUUCCAUGCAACAACAGUAUACACUGCGCAGCAACCAUCCCCCGUUUGCGAACGGUGUGAUGCAGAAUCCGAUGUACCAAGCAAUGACACGAACGCCUGUCAACGGGGGUCAGUUCAGCCAACCGCUGACUCCAUCAGGCUCCCCUCUUUAUGGCAACACGCAAUUACCGAACAUGGGCAGAAUGGUUCAUCCUCAAGGACAAAUGUCCCCGGGUUUACAAGCUCCUCCGGGAGGCAUCUCCGUCUCGAUGCCGAUGGUCGCCUCACCUACGCAACCGACCGCGUACCCAGGCGUACCAAACUAUGUUUCGACUGGUUUCCAAGGCCAACGAACGAGCUCCACUCAACAAGCGUAUUCACAACAAGCCUUGCAAGCACAGCAAAUUCGCCAAGGAAACCAAGGAAUCAGUAGACAGCAGGGCCAGACAACGAUGCAGUCUCCUUUGCCGAACACUGCGUCGCCACAAAUGUACCAGAUGGCCAAUGCUCCGCCUGCUCGGAGUAGUCCCCAUCAGGUUCAGACAAGCUUGCCGCAGGUUCAAGCCUCUCAAAUCCGACCAAGAGCAUCCGACACUCCAACAAGACCUACCGUCAAGGAAAGACCGGCGCUUUCUGGAACGCUGUUUCGGCCCCGUCACCACGUAGUGCCUCUGGAUCAAAUACCCCACAGCCCUUAUGCGUAUAAAGCUUUUACUUCAGCACUCCAUCAAGUCGAUGUGCGCAGUCCUAGACGAGUGCCACGCGAACUCCCACUCAAAGACGAGGUGACAGCCAGACACUACCAAUCCAUCAAGAGGCUUGCAUUAGGUCCUGUGCCGACACAACCUCGCUACGAACUGCACCGUCUGGACUUGGCUGUCUCCAAUGAAGACUUUGACAACCUUUCCACGAACCGAUUACCCAUAGGAGAGCUGGUACCCGUGUCGCAAUACUUCAAUGGCUCCCUCCGGUACCGUCUUCGUCUAUGUCAACUUCCUCAGGGCCUGACUCAAACAGCGGUACCAGAGUCCACAUGGGCCGUCGCACCAUCUUACUGGCCUGACCACAUAUCCAUCGUAGUCAAUGGAAAACCCAUGAAAAUUCGUCGCAAGCAGCACUAUUCACAGCAUCAGCCUGUUGAACUGACGGCACACCUUUCUCGCGGCAUGAACACCGUCUCAAUUGGCAUAACGCCACAGCCCUGUGCCAAGAAGACGCCUCGGAUGGCUUACUUCAUGGCUGUUGAAGUCAUUGAAACGCUUGUUCACCAGAGCCUCUUGGAUAUGGUAACGCAACAGGGUGUCAUUCCAGCUGAAAUCACCAAGAAAUCUCUUCAAAAGCGCCUGAAGUCUUCGGAAGGAGUUGAAGACGAUGACCUCACCGUUGUUGACAGCGAUCUCAACGUCAGCGUGGCUGACCCGUUCACUUCUACCCUCUUCGAGAUCCCGGUCCGCGGCGUCGAGUGCACGCACAUGGAAUGCUUCGACCUGGCCACUUGGUUAAAUACCAGGCCGACCAAAGCCAUGUGCACGUUACACGGCGAAGACUGUCAUCUUCCGUGCUCCGGGUCUGAUCUGGGCCCAGAGCCGUCGCUCGUCGACAGAUGGAAGUGCCCGUUCUGCAGUGGAGAUGCUCGACCCUGCAGCCUUCGGGUGGACCAAUUCAUGGCGGAUAUUCGGACGAAACUUGCCGCAGAUGGCUUGCUGCGCACCAAGAUGGUACAUGUUGCGGCGGAUGGAUCAUGGAGGCCCAAAGUCGAGGAGGAAACUGAUGACGACGAGACUGAGGAUGAGGCAAACGGACCGCCGGCGAAGCGGGUCAAGACCGGUUCAUCACGAACACAAACACCGGCGACGAUGAAUCGGGCGCCGAUUGAAAUAAUUGAACUGGAUUGA